AUGACCCUCUCCUUUUCUCCCACUAAUCUCCCCACCCAAAUCUUCCUCAACAAUGAACACGUCCCAUCCCAAAGCCAACGCACCUUCUCCGUCUCCAACCCAACAGAUGGCACCACAGUCUGCGACAUAGUCCCCAUUUCCGACGAAACCGACGUAAACACCGCCGUCAACAACGCCCAAGCCGCAUUUCCCAGCUGGAAAAAGCUCCCCGGCACCUCCCGCCAGGCCAUCCUCCUCCGCUUCGCCUCCCUCAUCGACCAACACGCCGAAACCCUCGGCCACCUCAACCGCCUCACACUGGGCGCCCCCUACAAAGCCUUCGGCGAGCUCGAGAUCAAGAAAGCAGCCGACGCCUUUCGCUACUACGCAGGCUGGAUCGACAAGUUCGCCGGCGAGACCUUCCCCCCCGAAAAUGGCUUCAUGCUGAUCACCCGCCACGAGCCACUAGGCGUAACGGCGGGGAUCGUGCCCUGGAACGGACCGAUGGGGAUCAUGGGGGUGAAGGCCGCGCCGGCACUAGCAACGGGGAACUGCUUUAUUCUGAAGCCCUCGGAGAAGACGCCGUUUUCGGCGCUGGCGUUGGGGGAGUUGAUUCGGGAGGCAGGGUUUCCGCCGGGUGUGUUUCAGGUUUUGUCCGGGGAUGGGAGCACGGGGGCAUUGUUAGCGAGGCAUAUGAAGAUUCGGAAGGUUAGUUUUACGGGGUCUGUGGAGACGGGGAGGAAGAUUCAGAGGAUGGCUGCGGAGUCAAAUUUGAAGCGGGUUACGCUGGAGCUUGGGGGGAAGUCGCCGGCUGUUGUGUUUGAUGAUUGUGAUUUGGGGAAUGCGGUGUCUUGGUGCGUGAAUGCUAUUACGAUGAAUUCUGGGCAGACUUGUAUUGCUGCUUCGCGCGUGUAUGUGCAAGAGGGGGUUUGGGGGCGUUUUAUCGAGAUGUAUAAGGCUGCGUUGGAGGAGAGGGCGUGGUUGAUUGGGGAUCCGGAGUUGGAGACCACGCGCAUGGGGCCUUUGGUUGAUGAGGCGCAGUUUAAUCGGGUUACUGAGUUUAUCGCUCAGGGCUGUGAAGAUCCGCAGGCGACCUUGUUGACUGGGGGGAAGAGGGUUGGUGAGAAGGGUUUCUAUGUUGAGCCGACGGCGUUUGUGGGUGUGCAGCCUGAGUCGAGGUUGUACCAGGAGGAGGUCUUUGGUCCGGUGGCUAUUGUUAAUUCGUUUCGGACCGAGGAGGAGGCUAUUCAGAGGGCCAAUGCUACUGAAUAUGGGCUUAUGGCUGGGGUGUUUACGCAGGAUAUCAGCAAGGCGAUGCGUGUUGCUGGUGAGUUCGAGUCGGGCAUGGUUGGUAUCAACUGUGUUAGUCUUAACUUCCUCAAGACUCCCUUCGGGGGCUGUAAGCAGAGUGGGAUGGGUCGUGAGUGUGGCAGGAGUGCUUUGGAGUCUUAUACGGAGCCGAAGACGAUCAUGGUCAACCUUAACUCUUCAUUGUAACUCUUCUUCAUGGUGGAUGGCGUUAUCAGGCCGUGAUCUGAAGCAAAGCACUAUUAACCGGUCACUUAUAUGCAACUGAGGCGCGUAUGGUCAUAGACUAGCGGAUUGGGCAAGCAACCACACGCAUGAUGGAG